CAAAACCACACUCAUCAUCACCCACGACCACCACACAAGGCAUGCGCCGCGCUCUUCAUAGCUCAGUCAUCCCAUUAUUUCAGCGAGGUACGUGUCUCUAGCAUUCUGUUAUUUUCUGAGGCCUGCUCAGAGCUCUGCGCGAGGAGUUCCGCACCGCAGCAACUGGCAGAUCCAAGCAGCAUCCCGUCUCAUAUCAGAUCCAUCCCCUUCUCGAAGUACCCGUCAACAUCAAACACUCGACGGCUUUCCAGCAAAUAUCCGACACUAAUAGUAGUUACUAAACUACACGUGUUUUCUGGAAAUCGCCUCGAACAGAGAUUUCUUUGCAUUUUCUACUACCUAGAAUCUGGUAAGGCAAGCAUCGUUUGUUUGGGGCAUGACCGGGAGACUGCUGCAAGUGCCAGCCUCCCGUCGUCUCAUCUCCGACCAGUCUUUGACCAUUUCAUCUCACGCACUUGAAACGGGUCACGUAGCUGGGCACUGUGCUUAUCAUAGCUCUAUAUCUUUGCUCCUCUGCCUAGCUCAUAUCCUCAAGCCUUCUGCCUUGUUUGCCCUUUGCACCUAUCUUUUUCACCUUCCUGGACACUACCUCUGUUUAUCUUCAAGACUCGUCGCUAACAAAAGCCAGACAAACUUGCCAAGUCUACAACACCUUCGCUUCGCCUCUUCCAUUUGCUGGCCAGGUCCUCGCGGCAUCAUGGACGUUGACCAAGAUGUUGUGAUGGAUGGGACCGCGGAUGCGCCUUCUAUACAGUCCGCCAAUGGCUACUCAGAACCAACGUCCAAGUCGGGAGGGAGCUCUCUGGAGACACCAAACGGCCACAGCGCCGAGAGCAGUGCCGAAGGGACAUCUUCCAUGAGUGGCGAGCCUGGCUAUCCUGAACGUUUCCGACGAAAAGGGAUCCUACCAACCGGUUGCUGUUACGAUGACCGCAUGAAGCUCCAUGCCAACGCGGAUUUCGGGCCAAACCCUCACCACCCAGAAGACCCAUCGCGUAUCGAGGUCAUUAUGAGGAUCUUCAAAAAGCACGGUCUCCUGUUUACGGGAACAGAUGCCGAGCUCAUCGAUGUCAUUAACAACAGACCAACCAGCUACAUGUGGAGGAUUCCUGCAAGGGAAGCGACAGAAGAAGAGAUCCGUACUGUUCAUAGAGUCGAACAUUUCAACUGGGUCAAGGCUCUGUCCACCAAGACCACGCACGAACUCCGCGAUAUCUCAGCCAUGAUGGACCAAGGUCGCGAGUCCCUCUAUGUUGGUAGUAUGACAUACGAGGCCUCUCUGAUCUCGGCCGGUGGUGCCAUCGAAACCUGCAAGGCUGUCGUUACCGGCACCGUCAAGAAUGCCUUCGCUGUUAUCCGACCACCAGGACAUCACGCAGAGUACGACCAGCCUAUGGGUUUCUGUUUAUUCAACAACGUACCGAUUGCGGCCAAAGUCUGCCAGAAGGAGUACCCCGACAUUUGCCGCCGCGUCAUGAUUCUCGAUUGGGAUGUCCACCACGGCAACGGCAUUCAGAACAUGUUUUACGAGGAUCCCAACAUUCUCUACAUAUCUUUGCAUGUUUACAAGAACGGAGACUUUUACCCAGGAAAGCCUGAUAACCCCAUGAUUCCGGAUGGCGGGAUGGAGCAAUGCGGUGCUGGAAACGGGCUCGGCAAGAACAUCAACAUCGCGUGGCACGACCAGGGCAUGGGCGAUGGCGAGUACAUGGCGGCAUUCCAAAAGAUUGUUAUGCCAAUUGGCCACGAGUUCAACCCCGACCUGGUUAUCAUCUCUGCCGGUUUCGACGCUGCCGCCGGAGAUGAGCUCGGCGCUUGCUUCGUGUCGCCUGCCUGUUACGCUCACAUGACACACAUGUUGAUGUCUCUGGCGGGCGGCAAGGUUGCCGUUUGUUUGGAGGGUGGUUACAAUCUGACUGCCAUCUCCAAAUCGGCCCUGGCUGUCGCUCAAACCCUCAUGGGCGAACCACCCCCGCAGAUGCAGAUUCCAAGAAUCAGCAGGGAAGCCAGCAAAGUCCUGGCCAAGGUCCAAGCUUACCAGGCUCCCUAUUGGGAGUGCAUGCGGCCGGGCAUCAUCGACGUUACAGAGAUGACCAAGAACGACUCGUCUCGCCUGCACGACGUGAUCAGAUCCUCACAAAAAGAGAAGUUAUCCAAGUACGGCAUGCUCCCGUUGUAUAUCCAACGAGACAUCAUCUUUAGGUCAUUUGAGAACCAAGUGUUGGUGACGAAGGGCGUGCAGUCCGCGAAGAAGCUGCUGUUGAUUGUACAUGACCCUCCCGAGCUGCAUGGGCAGCCGGAUCCCCUUGAUAACUCUCUCGAGCCACACAAUUCUUGGGUCUCUGAUGGUGUGGCCAAGUACAUUGACUGGGCUUGCAACAAUGACUUUGGGGUCAUUGAUAUCAACGUCCCCCCCUACAUUACCCGAACAGACGACACGGAGCACUUCACCCCGAGAAUGGACGAGAAGACUCUCCAAAUGCAUCUUCAAGAGCUGAUGUGUUACAUCUGGGACAACUACCUCCAGCUCUACGACGGGGCAGACGAGAUCUACCUGAUGGGGGUGGGUAAUGCUUACCUCGGGAUCAAGGUCCUGUUGAUCAACAGAAACGUCCGCAACCGAAUCGCUGGCAUAGUAAACUUUGUGGACGGCAGUCUCCGGCCUGUCAAGUCGGACGUGGACGAGGACUUGUCGUCAUGGUACAAGGACAACUCACAGGUCUACGUUGCUAACGACCACGCCUGCUGGUCGGACCCGGAUCUUACUAGGAAGGUGAUGAAGAGGCGGUUCGGGAAUGCCAUCAGGAGCGAGGUGAAUGGGUUGGCGCCGAUGAUGAAUACGCAUUUUAAGGAUGUGCUGCGGUUUAUUGCUGAGCAGGCGAGGAAGCUUCACGGGGGGGAGACGACGGAGGAUGAGGGGAAUAGGAGGGGGUGAGGGGGUUGGUUUUUUUUUUUUUUUCUUGGUUUUUUUUCCCCUCCAUCAGAGAGCGAGGAGUGGUUGGGGUGGUGGAUAACCGCAGCGUAAGCAAGUUUGGUUUUAACGGAUGGGGGUAGGAGGGAUGUGGAAGGUGGUGUUUGCUAGUACAGCGAGGGUAAUAUUCGGGAUUAAGUGUAUACUGGAUCUAGUAUUGAGUCGUCUGUUGUGUUUUUAUGAUGUGGUGGUUUUGUGUGUUUUGCAAUCAUGCGUGGUGAUGUUGGACGGG